AGAUCAGCAUCGGAAUCGAAACAGCCCAAAGAUGACACUUCAGAUCAUCGUCCUCAUCCUCGUGCUGCAUUUGAACGCAGCGGCAGCUUUCCCUGCGGACGGCGGUGACAAGUACGCCUCCUGGGACGAAGUCAACGUGUUGGCCCACGGCCUGUUGCAACUGGGCCAGGGUCUCAAGGAGCACGUAGACAAGACCAAAGUCCAGAUGAGGGAUGUCAACAGCCAAAUGAAAGCCUUCAACGGCUCGGUCGCCGCGCUGGAGAGAAAGCAGCGCGAGCAAGACGCAGACCACAAGGCCAGACGGGAGGAGGAAGAGAGGGUGGACCAGAAAGUGGAGCAAGUCAUGAAGCAGACCAAGGACUUCCACUCCCGCAUGAACACACUUGAGAAGAACGUGGAUGAGCUGCUUAACGUGACACCAGAUGGCAGCUUUGGAGACAACUCAACAAUCCCAUUCAUCCAGAGAGUCGUGGCAGCGCAAAACCGACGCAUCGACCAGUUGGUGGACAGGAUCAGGCAGCAACAGGACAAACUGGACAAGCAGAGCUUGUACAUGCAGACGCUGCAGAGCAAGGUUGCACACAAAAGAGUGAAAUUCCUCAGGCGGAGGGAUGAGGAGACAACACUGAGGGGAGAGGCGGCGCUGAGUCAGGCCGAAACAGGUCGAGCUCGGGAUUGCCACGACCUGUUUUUGCGAGGCCGGCGAGCCAGCGGAAUAUUCACAAUCCAGCCACAGAACUCGCAGUCGUUCAACGUCCUCUGCCAAAUGACCUCAGAAGGUGGCUGGACCGUCAUCCAGAAACGUUUUGAUGGCUCGCAAAACUUUAAUCAGUUUUGGGAGCGCUACAAAAAUGGCUUCGGCAGCCUGAAUGGUGAGUUCUGGCUGGGCUUGGAGAACAUUCACGCAAUCUCCAAACAAGGCCAGUACCGGCUCCAGGUGGAGAUCACCGAUUGGGCGGGAGAGACUCAAGCGAGACAGUAUCGCAUCCAACUUGAUGGAGAGGACAAAAACUACACUCUCCACAUCCGGCAGGAUUCUACAUCUGGAGUUCAGGGGGGAGGCGUUCUGACGGGUGCCUCGGGCCUUCCUUUCUCUACAGCCGACCGUGACAGUGACCUCGCGGUGGAUGUCAAUUGCGCUGAGUGUCACUCAGGAGGUUGGUGGUUCAGCGACUGCGGCGCCUCAAACCUCAACGGCAAAUACCCCAGAAGGUCCGGUUCGCUAAGGGCGCAACCAAGGAGGAUGUUCUGGACCUACGCAAAGGGCCAAAACAACUCUUUAAGGACGACACUUAUGAAGCUUGCACCAAUUUCAAUAAACCAGCAAUAAAUUUGUAUGCGUGUAUGCUGGAGAAGAGCAAAUGAUGGAAUAACCCAAAAAUGAAAACAAAAGGCUGACAAACUCUACAUGCAGAUUUAUCAUCCGUUUAUUGCACUAAAUUAUCAAAUAUUGUUAUGCUAUGCCAUAAGAUUUUUCUUAGUCAUAUUGACAGUUAAAAGACUCUUCCCUUUAUAAGGGCUUUAAAAAAAAUUAUAUAUAUGUAUAUAUACAUAUAUAAGCUGUGUAUUGUUCCCUUCAAUAUUUUUGCUUCA